UCACAAGCAUCCAUGUUGUUUUGAUCUCAACCAAAAUAAACCAAAUUCUGCCAUCUUCUGGCCAUAGUUAGGAAUUGUUCUUUUUCUUUAACUUUCCCAUCCUUAAAAAAAUAAAAUAAAAUUAGUUGACAGCAAUUGACGUUGACAGCGUUCAGACUGAAUAUUAUUUCAGGAUCUGUGGACACAAAUCAGUCAUUUUUUCGUAUUAUGACGGUCACAAGAUAUGACAUUUUGAGAAUGUGAUUAUUUGGGACAAUACGUCACACUCAUGUACAACUGUACUUCAUGUUUCGUAUUUAUACUGAAUGUACUAGCUACAUUUUGAUAGCAAUCAAGACAAAUACAAGAAAUCAUGAAAUAUCAGCAAUAUAUUUGGCAAAAAUACAUAUUUGAUGAUCAAGUCAUGACAAAAAAAAUAAUAAAAAACUCAGCUGACAGAGUCGGCUAGUUGUAUGGAUGGACAAAAAUAUUCUGAAAAUUCCAAACACAGGAGGUCCUUGGUCAAAGACAGCAGCCACCGAACAAAAAAACAAUAAUAUAUUGUUAUAGAAUUAAAAAUGAACAAAAAAAUUAUUACAAAUGACACUUCUCUCUCUCUCUCUCUUUCUCGCUCUCUCUCAGAUACAUCCACCCAUCUUCCUCUUCCAUCCUCCUCCUCCUCCCAUCCCCUAACAGCUGCAUCUCUCCAGCCUUCCUUGACGCCGACUCCCCCAUACUGAUGAGCCCAGAGAGCCACGCACCUCCUCCUGACGUUGCCUCCUCUCCCUCACACCGGCUUGCGCAACAACAGUGAACGAGCGAGCCAUGGAAGUGCAGCCCCCCGUCCUCCCCACCGCAGCCUGACACUCUCGCCGGCUCCUCCGUACUCCCAACGCGGACCUUCGGCGCCGAUUCGUCCUGAGAGACGGGGAUGCGCGCAUCGUCGCUACCGCCACGACCGCCGCCCGGCCAGUCUUACAUCGGUGUCACUACCUCCGAUUGGAUUCAGCAACCGUGAGCACAUCUGAAGCUAUGCCCGACUCGAACGCGCCACUACCCAGCUGCAGUCCUCCUUUUCCUCGGCACAGUCCCUCGGGCUCCCUCGCUACCUGCCCGGAGGCACCGAUGCAAGCUUGCUGAAGAGAAAAGAAGAAUAAGAAAAUAAACGCCCACAAUCGAAGACUUCUACCCCCCUCCCCCUUUUUGUUUUUUGUGGGGCCGGAAUUCAAAGCCUGACUUGACUGCUUCUCCCUUGGAUCAUGCAGAGAUUAUUACGACGUUAAAGGAGAGAGAAAAGAAAGGAUGGAGCCGGUUAUGUGCGUCGUGGGGCUGCUGGCGCUGCUCGUGGAGGGCAUCCGUUGCCAAGGAGUAUACGCCCCCCCUACGGUCCGCAUCAUUCACUCGGGUCACGCGUGCAACGUGGAAGAGGAGCGACACACGGAGCGUGUCUACACCAUCCGCGAGGGAGAGACGCUGGAGUUGAGCUGCCUAGUGACGGGGCAUCCUCGGCCGCAGAUCCGAUGGACCAAGACGGCCGGCAGCGUGUCGGACCGCUUCCAGGAUUCCAGCGUCUUCAACGAGACGCUGCACAUCGCCAAGAUCUUGAGGACGCAGGGCGGGCGCUACUACUGCAAGGCGGAGAACGGCCUCGGCUCGCCCGCCAUCAAGUCCAUCCGGGUGGACGUCUACUAUCUCGAUGAGCCGGUGGUGACGGUGCACCAGAGCAUUGGGGAGGCGAAGGAGCAGUUCUACUACGAGCGGACGGUUUUCCUACGCUGCGUGGCCGUCUCCAACCCGCCGGUUCGCUACAGCUGGCACCGCGGCCGCGAAGUGCUGACCCAGGGCUCGGACAAGGGCGUGGAGAUCUAUGAGCCUUUUUUCACGCAGCUGCAGGGAGAAACGAAGAUCUUGAAGCUGAAGAACCUGCGGCCGCAAGACUACGCCAACUACAGCUGCGUGGCCUCCGUCAGGAACGUGUGCGGCAUUCCCGACCGCAGCGUCAUCUUCCGGCUCACCAACAAGACAGCCUCGCCGUCCAUCAAGCUGCUGGUGGAGGACCCCAUCGUGGUGAACCCCGGCCAGACGGUGUCGCUGGUGUGCAUCACCACCGGCGGCGAGCCGUCGCCGCUCCUCACGUGGCUCAGCGCCAACGACAGCCUGCCGCAGAAGAGCAUGGUGAAGGGCGGCACGCUCACGCUGCCGGCCAUCAGCUCGGGCGAGGCCGGCGUCUACAGUUGCGUGGCCAGCAACAACGUGGGCAACCCGGCCAAGAAGUCCACCACCAUAAUUGUUCGAGCAUUGAAAAAGGGCCGCUUCUGGAUCACUCCCGACCCGUACCACAAUGACGACAACAUCCAGAUUGGUCGGGAAGUCAAGAUAUCUUGUCAGGUGGAGGCCACGCCCCCGGAGGAGCUCACCUUCAGCUGGUUGAAGAACGGCCGCGCCCUGCGCAGCUCGGAACGCAUGGUCAUCACGCAGACGGAUACGGACAUCUCGCCCGGCACCACCAACCUGGACAUCAUCGACCUCAAGUUCACCGACUUCGGCACGUACACAUGCGUGGCGGCGCUGAAGGGCGGCGGCAUUCCCGAGAUCAGCAUCGACGUCAACAUCUCCUCCACGACUGUCCCUCCUCUGUUUUUCUCUUUCUUAGUUCCUCCCAACCUGACAGUCCCCCGGGGCAAGUCCCCCCUGGUGGCCCGUGAGGGUGACACGGUGGAGCUGGAGUGCCUUGUUUCAGGGAAGCCCAAGCCUAUCAUUCUGUGGUCGCGGGCCGACAAGGAGGCGCCCAUGCCGGACGGAAGCAUGCAGAUGGAGAGCUAUGACGGAGCGCUGCGCGUCGUCAACGUGACGCGGGAGAUGACCGGAUCGUACCGAUGUCAGACCAGCCAGUACAACGGAUUCAACGUGAAGCCCCGCGAGGCCGUGGUGGAGCUCAUCGUCCAAUACCCCCCAACGGUGGAGCCGGUCCACACGGAGCUGCGCCAGGGCCUGGGCCGGCCCGUGGUCAUGACGUGCCGGGUGCUGCGGGCGCACCCGUCGCGCGUGCUGCGCUUCGAGUGGCUGCUGUCCAAUCGGCUGCUGCACGCCGGCCCUUUCGACACGCAGCGGGACGACACCGAGUACACCAUCCGCAGCCUGAACCGCGACGGCUGGGGCGAAUACACCUGCAAAGUCAUCAACGAGGCCGGUGCGGGAAAGUGCACUUUCCACGUCACAGGCAAGGCCUACUCUCCUGAGUUCUACUACGACACCUACAGUCCUCUCUGGCAGAACCGGCCCAGGAUCUAUGACUUCAAGCUCCAGUGGACGCAGAUGAACCCCAACGCCGUCGAUCGCAUCGUGGCCUACAGACUCGGUCUCAGACAGAUGGGACAGCAGCGAUGGUGGGAGCAGGAGAUUCCCGUGAACUGGACGAUCAAUAAGGGAGAGCUCAUCACCCAUAACCUGACGGAGCUCAUCAAGCCUGAGUCCUACGAGGUGCGUCUCACCCCCAUCACCCGUUUCGGCGAGGGCGACUCCACCGUGAGGAUCGUCACCUACAGCGCUCCCAUCAACCCUCACCUAAGAGAGUUCCACUGCAGCUUCGAGGAGGAGCCCAUCUGCUUGUUCACCCAGGACAAGAACGACGACUUUGAUUGGACGCGGCACAGCGCCGCCACCCGCGACACCAAGUACACGCCCAACACGGGGCCCAGCGGCGACCGCGCCGGCUCCAAGCAGGGUUUCUACAUGUACAUCGAAACAUCGAGGCCGCGGAAGGAAGGCGAUCAGGCGCGGCUCGUCAGUCCCUUUUUCAACAUCGUCCCGAAGAACCCCUACGGCAUCACCAAUCCGCCAGCCUACUGCUUUGGCUUCUUUUACCACAUGUAUGGGAAACACAUCGGGACGCUAAAUGCCUUAGUGAAACAAAAGGGCCUGGUGGGCUCAGAUGUGCCAGUGUGGUCGCUAACCGGCAACCAAGGGGAGCGCUGGAAGCAGGCCAAAGUCAGCGUCCAUCCGACCGCGUCGUUUCAGGUGGUACUCGAGGGAAUCCGAGGACCGGGCAUCGAGGGAGACAUCGCCAUCGAUGAUGUCACGUUGGAGGAAGGGGAGUGUCGAGACCCGCCGCCCAACCUCAGUGCCAUCGCUCAGUCCACUUCCCUGCAUAUAUGGCUGCUGUGCGUCACCGUGGUGAUGACCCUCCUGGAGGGCCAAAGGUGACCCUUCCGGUCGUCGUCUCAAGAGGCUUACCUUCAGACCUGCCGUCUGUGAGCUGUACCCUCGGCAUCCCGUCACCAAAGAUUCACGCAUCCCGAAAGCGACGACGGUGCCCCCCCCCCCUCCUCCUCUUCCCCUCCAAGCCCUAGUGGACCGCAUACCUGUUCGGGGCAGAAACGAAGACACUAAACUGUGAUUUUUUUUUUUUAUGGAAGAAAAAGUAAUAAUAGAGAUGUGCUCAUUUUUUUUGAAGGGGUGGGGGGCGAAUGACAGUGCAGCACUCCUUGGUGCGGGACUCUAGACGAGCACAAAAGGGUUCACUUUGGCGGUGCGUCGAAGGAGGGGCAGUUUGUAAAGCACAAGAACAAUUUCGUGAAGUUAUAUGAAUUUAAAAAAAGAAAUAAAUAUAUAUAAAUAGAUCUAUCUUUGCAGGGCAGCAGAAUAUAAAUGCUGCUGACAUUUUGGAAGAGGAAAUUGAAUCAGAACUUUCUCUGUGUAUCUUUAUCUUCAUUUCCCCUUGCACCAGAGGCCAGUUGCUUGUUUUUGUUUUGUUUUUUGGGGGGGGGGUUUACCCCACCGGCCUCAGUUUUUUUUUGUUUGUUUGUUCUUUUUAUCUGCUUGGUGCUGUUCUGAAGAAAAUCAAGACCUAUGGCAACGUUUUGCUCUGUCUGCUUUAAGACCCCCCCCCCCCUCUCGCUGCCCCCUGACUCCCAUCCCACAUGGCCGCCUAUGUACUUUUUACACUGUGCCCACGAGUCCAAGUGGCCAACCGAUGGUACGACGGCAGAACAAAAGAAAAUAGCUGAAAUGACAGCAAGGGCGCAGGGCGAAAAAAAAAAAAAAGAAAAGAAAAGGUCGAGAAGUCCAGGACAUGAUUGAUUACGGGGAGACGCUUCGAUGAACGAGGCCUGACACAGUCGAGCUGGUCCGCCGGAGACAAAGAAGAAGCCACUUUUCUUUCUGCCAUGAAACGAAGUGCCUUCACGAUUACAAUGCGGAAUCGCAAGCCCGGCUGUCGCGCAACAUCGGACACACACGUCCAUUCUUCAUCUGAUGGGCUAUUUUCUACAUGUGUCUCUUUUUGCCCCGCCUCCCCCCACCACCACCACCACUCCCCCACACAAGUGCUGACGGGGUAUUUGAGUCUUGUAGACCAAGGACCAUUUGCAAGACCGCAGGCUUGGAAACUAAACAAGAAAAUGUCAGCUCUGGAUAUUUUUCCAUGGAUAAAAGACACUUGUUGGUUUUUCUUUUUUAAAUAAUCAAAAACAAGAGGAACUUUAGACGAAGCGCUCAUCUCCGCCGCCAUUUUUACGACAACACUACCAAGAACACAAACAGAUCUGAAUCCUAAGAAGAAUAAUGAUGAUGAGAAUAAUAAUGUUGAUAAUAGUCCUGAUAUUUUAUUACUCCAGCGAGAAUGUUUCUCCCGCUUUUACACACAAACUGUGAAGAUAUUUGACUGUGGAUGAUCUACCUGAGACCAUAACCUUAACCAGCGGGGGUUUUUAAGAAAUGUACAAACAAAACAAAACGACAAAAACGGAACAAAAACAACAACCAAGAAAAUUAGAACAUUUCCUGUUCAUCGUUGUUUAUGACAAAUGCUUUGAGGACUUGUCUUGCCACCCCUCCGACCCCCGACCCCCUUUCUAUUCUUUCGGCUCCCAUGCAUUUCGGAAAUAUCCAAACGGAUGGAAGCGUUUGGGAUGAUGCCAAUCGUGUACGUUGUAUAAUUUGUAAAUGUUAAAAAAAAAUCUCUUUGGCAGAGGUUGACGAUCAGUGUUUUAUGUUGGCAUCAGGGAAGCACAACAUUUGAGCUCAAACAAAAAAUGCAUUUUUAUUUUAUUUUUUUUAAGUUCAUAGAUUGUUCAGCUUCAGCCUAACCUAAAUUUAUUUAGCUUCUCCCAAAAGGAGAAACAGCAGGUCCUCGGUUGACACUGGCGGUCCCAAAUUUGUCGAUUAAGCCACGCUAACGGAGCAUUUGAGUAAUAAUUAAAGCAAAUACAGUAUUUGCGUGGAAAACACUUCUUGGAAAUCAAUAUAAACCAAUUAAAUUAAUAAGACAAAGUGCGGCAGCAGCUAGGUAAAAUGUGUGCCCGCUUUGUCACCUCAAAACGACUUAGUUUCCUGACGCCAGUUUGUCCGUUUUUGUCUUGGGAGAUCUGCAACUCCAAAUUUGGUUCAGGUUCUAAAUAAAUCUUUGCUCCAGAAAGCUGAAAUGUCUUCAGGGCGGCGGCAAAUGUAGCCCAGCGGAAGCCGGAAUUUGCUGAUUCAUGGCGCACCGAGAACCUGAAAUGAUGAUAAAUAUUCUGAGCAAAACAGAGCACAAUGAUGGGCUUCCUGCUGUUAUUAUUUAAAACGAUUCAUCCUUGUGUUUAUGCUCCCACAAGGCACUGCUCAUAAUGAAUGUAGGCAGUGCCUUUAGGGGGGGGGGGGGGGGGUUGGGGCAGGGGAGACAUUUUGUUUGCUUCUUUAUGGUGAGAAACUUUCCACAUCCAGAAGUUGGUCUAACUUUUGAAGCGGUAGCUCCUUGCUAUCAUCCGUCGCUUUUUAUACAACGUCGCGGCUCAUGAAAAGUAACAGCGUUUGGUUUAGGGAUGGCCCGCAGCCAUGUAUCCCUCUGGAAUAGCUCCGCCCCCUUCCGCUGAGCAACAGCUGAAUCCCAGCUCCACGUUCGGAACCAAAACAAAAGCAAAUCUGUCGUUGGCUGACCAGAGUUGAGAAGCAUUGAAGUGACACAGUAUGUUCACAAAUGGGACUUUUGACACUCGGGCAGCACGUGCAAGAAAACAUUUUUGUUUCUCAUGUACCGUUACGGCCCCCAGAAUCCUCCACUCUGAAUAUAAGCCUGCAUUUUUGUACAUGCGGACAUUCCCGCAGGGUUAAUGCAUACACAUCCAGAGGAUUUACCGGUUUGGAAAAAUGUAAACAUUGAGAUUUGAUGGCUCCACUCUGGUUGAUGGAGAGACUUUUGUGUGGCUGAAAGGCUGUGAAAUGUUCAUCGACAAAUGAGGGGAAAAACGAGUGCAAAGUAGAGCUUUCGACGUCACUGAGGUUUUGCCAUUUAUGUCAAAUUUAUAUUUUUUUCCCUCGUCAAAUAUCGGCGUACCAUGCUUUGUGUAAGCCUGAGGCAUUUCGUCCAGUCUGUGUUGCUUCGCUGACAAAGCAACGCUCGUAUGACAUAAAAACAAACAAAAAAAAACAAGACAGUCGUUCAUGCGUCUUUAGUAUCCGCACAACUGUUCUCGAGUUGUUUUGGGUCAGGUGCGUGCGCCCCGUCGAGAUAUAAAGUGGAAAUUGCUUUUUUGUUGUUGUUGUUUGUGGCCCUGCAGAAAAAAAAAGCAUGACACUAAUUGAUUUUGUGUUGCACGGUUGCCAUCUGCUUGGCGGGCGGAGGGGAUGCGCUCCUGCAGACAGGAAUAGCGCUUUCUUCACCAAGGCGCUCCAUUUGCCACGCUCCGUCCGUUACCUUGGCGCCAGAUAAAUUGGACAAGUUAAUUAAAUAUUAGGGCUAUUGACGAUGAAGGGAAGGAAUAAGGACGCGUUGCCAUUUAACACUCUUGGGUUUCGGCUUUGAUGAAGCCAUAAUACAUUUGUUAGGAGAGCUACUUGCUGCUCACUGAAUCAUGAUAAUAUCCCGAAAGGGAAGGAAAUCUGUUUGUGAAUGCAGACUAAAUCCAAAAGCAACGAAGGGGCCGACGAGCGAUCUUUCAAAUUUGACGCCAUGCCAAGCCCACUUCAAAACUUCUCAAUUUUAGCGUCAUCCCUGAUCCGAGGGAGUCUCAAGUGAGCGAGCAGUGCCAACAUUUCCCUCGUCUCCUUAUCAAUCUCGAAAAGGGCUGAGCCACAUUGUGCCAUUCAUCAUGCUGCUUUUUUUCCCCCCAGCCCCUCAGUGUAUAACCAUCCACUAAUUACCACCCGCGCACCAAACCCUGAUCCACUCAACUGUCAUUCUUCUCUGUUUUGUGCUCAGUAUUUAUGCGACAAUCGGGCUCCCCCCGCCUCGGUCCUUUGGAUUUAUCACCCGUUUUUAGUGCCAUACCUGCAACUAAUGAGAGAAAUAAAAAAACAAACAAACAAA